UGCUGCACUCCUCCACUUUACUACUGUGCCUCUCGCUGCGUCGCGCGAAUUCGUCUGCUACGUUAAAAAAGUCACGCGCACACCUUGCCACGUUCCGGCGAAAAUAGACUAUCUAUAGCUAUUUCAUACGGAGUCGCGGUGUAACGAGCGUGUUUUUUGAGUUGUUUUUUUGCUCUCAUUUUCGAAAAGAGAAGGACAAAAAAAUCGAGCUUCGUAACGGUGAAGUGUCGGUGUCCGGACUUGGAUCUCUCGUUUUAUUUUUUUUUUUAAAGCUAUAUACUCGAGCGGUACAGUGUCGACUCCGAUCCUCUCGCGGACAGUCGCAGUGAAUCUCGGACGAAUCUUACGAAAUUGCCAUUCUCCGUCGCGCGUGUGUCUGUCUGUGUGCGCGUCUGUCAAACAUAUACAAGAGAAAAAAUACAGCUCCCCUCCAGUGACUCUGUGUGUGCGUGUUCUUCUGUAAUCGUUUGCGUCUCGCGCCCCGCCGCACACGCAUACACGCACGCAAUAGUGUACAGUAGCCUGUAUAUAUAGUCAAAAACACAACGAUGGCAGCGCCAAUGCUGGCCGCGUCUUUGCCGGCACUACAAGCCUCGUCGUCGUCGCCUCUUCAACAGCUUUACAAGCGCACAUUCGCGACUGCUCUGUCCCGUUAUCAACAACAGCAGCAGCCGAAAUCAAAGCAGUGCCUUAAUACACGCCAGACAGCUGGCAAUAUUCUCUUCGCGAGCAGUGGUCGCAGUAGUAGUCGACUCGUUUCAGCGAAUUUAGUCUCCUCCGGACUGCCGGCGGCGAAUUUUUCAUACCUGCACAGUAGACACUUAGCCACGAGCGCAGCUGCAAUGGCCAAGAUUAAGACCGGACCCGUGGUGGACGUCCUCGGCGACGAGAUGACCCGCAUCAUCUGGGACCUGAUAAAGCAGAAGCUGAUCUUCCCCUAUCUCGACGUCGAGCUGCACACGUACGACUUGGGCAUGGAGAAUCGCGACGCCACCGACGAUCGCGUCACCGUCGAGUGCGCCGAGGCCAUCAAGCGCUACAACGUCGGCAUCAAGUGCGCCACCAUCACGCCCGACGAGAAGCGCGUCGAGGAGUUCAAGCUCAAGAAGAUGUGGAAGAGCCCCAACGGCACGAUACGCAACAUCCUGGGCGGCACCGUGUUCCGCGAGGCCAUCAUCUGCAAGAACAUCCCGAGACUCGUGCCCGGCUGGGAGAAACCCAUCAUCAUCGGCCGUCACGCCUACGGCGAUCAGUACAAGGCCACGGACUUCCUCGUGCCCGGACCCGGCAAGCUCGAGAUCAGCUGGACCGGCGCCAACGGCGAGAAGAUCCAGCACGAGGUGCACCAGUUCACCGGUGCCGGUGUGGCCCAGGCCCAGUUCAACACGGACGAGAGCAUACGCGCCUUCGCCCACAGCAGCUUCCAGUACGCCCUGAACCGCAAGUAUCCGCUCUAUCUGUCCACGAAGAACACCAUCCUGAAGCAGUACGACGGCCGCUUCAAGAACAUCUUCCAGGAGAUCUACGACGCCGAGUACAAGGCCAAGUUCGAGGCCGACGAUCUCUGGUACGAGCACCGGCUGAUCGACGACAUGGUCGCCUACUGCAUGAAGUCCUCGGGCGGCUACGUCUGGGCCUGCAAGAACUACGACGGCGACGUGCAGUCCGACACCGUCGCCCAGGGCUACGGCUCGCUCGGCCUCAUGACCUCGGUGCUGGUCUGCCCGGACGGCCGCACCGUCGAGGCCGAGGCCGCCCACGGCACCGUCACCCGCCACUAUCGCAUGCACCAGCAGGGCAAGGAGACCUCGACCAAUCCGAUCGCCUCGAUCUUCGCCUGGACCCAGGGACUGCUGCACCGCGCCAAGCUGGACGACAACGAGCCCCUGAAGAGAUUCGCCCAGACCCUCGAGAAGGUCUGCGUGAGCACCAUCGAGUCCGGCUUCAUGACCAAGGAUCUCGCCCUGUGCAUGAAGAAGCAGGAGGACCUCAAGCGGUCCGACUAUCUCAACACCUUCGAGUUCCUCGACAAGCUCGCCGAGAAUCUCGAGAAGAGCCUGAAAGAGUGACUGAUUAGCCGCGAGAAUCACGAAUCGGUCGUUGUAAUGCGUGCCAAGUAUUGAUUUAUUGUGGGCAUACGCACGUACACACACACACACACAAAUACAUCGUGCUCAUUCAAUGAGGUGGAUGGUGAAUUAUUUUUUAUCGAGAAAAGAGCCUAUUAUGUCGUCGUUAUUAUAUGUACGGAGAUAUAAAUGUUUAAUUAUGAUAAUAAUGGCAUCGUGGAUGAUCAAAUAAUUGUAUAUUAAGACUUAUUGAUGCAUUUAUGUUCGUGUGCGAAUUUUUUGCAUAAUUAUUGUAGAUUUAUACUUUUAUGAAAAGCACAAGUGUUUUGCCCGUUUGUGCGAUACAUGUUAUAAGAAAAUUAAUGUAUAUUUUUUAAUUGUAAUUGUAUCAGUGAUUUCAAAAUUAUUAAUACAGUUUUAUUUUAUUUUAAAUC